CCCUCUCUGCAAAGAUAAGUGGGGCUAGGGUUUAAAGAAAUUUUUGAAUUUCACAAAAAUUAGAGUUGAUUCCAUCUGGGUUCAUCAAUAUUUUCGUGGGUCCUUGUUAAUUUUUUCUAUUUUUUUCUCAAUUUCUUGUUUAACCAUGGACUCACCAACCCAUCAUCACCACCGUACCAUUGAAAAAAUAGACAAAGAACAGAGCAUAACCACAGCAAAUCUCUCUAGCCAACCAGAACUCAAAGACGAGACCUUAACAGACCCAGAAGAAAGCCAAGAAUUUGAGGAACACAACAACAAUAAAAGAAUCAACAACGGUUCUUCUUCUUCUUCUCUUGUUUUACAUCAAGUACAAAGAAAGCAACAGCAAGUGGUAAUUGCAGCAAAGAGGAACAGAAAAGACAGGCACACAAAAGUAGAAGGUCGAGGACGGAGAGUUCGGAUGCCAGCAACAUGUGCAGCCAGGAUUUUUCAGUUAACUCGAGAACUAGGUCACAAGUCUGAGGGUGAGACAAUAAGAUGGUUGCUUGAACACGCAGAGCCAGCAAUUAUUGCAGCAACAGGUACAGAAGCCGCUCAUCAGAAUUCAGUUUCUUCAGGUUUGGCUCCUAUUGCUAGUACAAGUCCACAAGGGUUGGUGCCAAUUUGGCCAAUAGGGACUCUUCUGUUCCCACAAGGGAGUAGUGUUGGUGUUGGUGAGUCUAAUCAGGCUCAAUUUUGGGCUUUUCCUGCUGCCAGUACAACUCCAUUUUUUAAUAUGGCUGCUAAGCCUAUUUCUAGCCUUGUUUCUGCUAUGCAGCCUGGGGUCCAAUCGGCUGGUAAUGUUGGUGUUGGUUUUGGUGGAGGUAUGUCACCUUCUAAUAACAUUGGGUCAAUGAGUUCUUCAAGCUCAGGAUCAAGUACCACGAGUGCUAGUACUGGUGGCGGCGGUGGUGGUUCACAAAUGUUGAGGGAUUUUUCUUUGGAGAUUUAUGAUAAGAAGGAGCUUCAAUAUCUUGGCCAUCCUGUGAAUCAUGAUCAUCAACAAGCACCAUGUUCAGAAUCUUGCAUUUUGAGAUGACUGGCUUGCGUUUAAUCAACUUGGGGGGCAGAGAUAGUGUUUUACGAUUAGGGAGCAGUUUUUUUUUUUUUUUUGUUCUUAGGUUCUAGGACAAGAACGUGGUUUUUCUUCAGGUGCUGUUUAUGUUAUCUUUGUGGGAUUUUUGGAUAUUAAGCCCUUUUGUCUUCA